AUGUCCCACGCUCCCCGAGGCCGUGCCGUACUGCAGGUGUUUGAGGAAUAUCAGAAGGCCCGCGUGACCUUCGUCCAGACUGUGGCAGACCUGGCGACGCGCCCACAGAACAUCGAUGCACUCCAAAAUGCAGGAGUGAUGGCGCUUUUGCGUCCCCUGCUCCUGGAUAAUGUGGCCUCCAUUCAGCAGUCAGCAGCCCUGGCUUUGGGACGCCUGGCCAACUAUAGUGACGAGCUGGCCGAGUCGGUAGUUACCCACGAGAUCUUGCCACAGUUGGUGUAUUCGCUGGCUCAGCAGAACCGCUUUUACAAGAAGGCUGCUGCUUUCGUCCUUCGUGCCGUGUCGAAGCACUCUCCGCAACUGGCACAGGCAGUGGUCGACUCCGGAGCGUUGGAGGCUCUGGUAAAUUGCCUGGAAGAGUUUGACCCUUCCGUGAAGGAAGCAGCCGCGUGGGCGUUGGGUUACAUUGCAAGGCACACCAAAGAGUUGGCGCAGACGGUAGUCGACGCAGGUGACCGGUCCCCGGAUAAAAACCUGAUGGCCAUGGACUCUGAGAGUCUACGAGGCAUCAAAGCUGAGCCAGGCACCUCCAACGGGCCCUUCCCUCUUCCUGGAGCCAUGGUGGACUUAGACCUGUCCGAGGAAGAGCUGAAGGCAGCGUGCACGCGGCUUCGGUUGGUCGGGGAUAGGUGGCGCUGGGCCGCGUUAUCUCCGACAGUGGCUGGCCAACUCCCGGCACAGUUCGAUUUGAGAUCUGCUUCUAAGUAUUCCUUUCUGUGUGGCGACUUCCCGAGAUCUGUGGGAGUGACUGCAUCUGGCACCACGAGACCAGCAGUUGUCACGAUUGCUGCAGAUUGGGAUGGGUCCUACAACGGCGACGACUUCCUGAGGCUUCAGGCUGGAGAGCAAGUGAGGAUCACAGACGUGUCGUCAGGCGGUGCGUUUCUCUACGGCUCGGUUGUCACAGCCCGCGGACCGUCACGGUCAGGAUGGUUCGGUGGUCCCGGCUGUGAGGCCGUCAUGGCAGUGUCCAUCCCAGUACCCCUUGGCAAGGGCUCCGAAGAGGACCUGCCGCUAGAGGGCCCAGGAGGCAAAGCCGUUGGCUUUGGCUUCAACGGGGCACCGGGCUCACUUCAAGAAGAGGUCGAGGCCUAUGUGGAGCGAAACUGCGUGGACAUCCCGGCAGCCACGAGGCUUCGGGAGCUGCCACCUGAGCUCCAGGCUGAGCUCAUAAAGACCGACAUGACGAAGAGCAUCCGCAACCCAUCUGCAGCGCUACUGAGCCGCAUCAAUCACCUCGUUAAGGAGGCGCAGUUUACGGAGCCUCCUCCGCAGGUGGUGUCCCGAGCCGAGGUUCCUCAGAUCACGAUCCGUGGUAGUGCUGGGCUCAGGGGACCGCACGAACGAAGCAGAAGCCCACGGAGGAUGCAGAGGUCCGGUGGAGCCAUCCCAGCUAGCCGCUUUAGUGCUCCAAGGAUGGGCGAGGCCAUCCCCUACAUGCCACAUGGUGGAGUCAGCUCAGACGAGGUGGAGAGCUUCAUCGCGAGACACGGCCUCGACCAUUCUGCUGCGGACAGACUGCGAGCUUUGUCGCCAGAGGAGCAGGAGAACAUCGUCCUGACUGAUCUCACCAACGCGCGGAACCCCUCCGCGGUAGUGCUCUCACGCAUCGACAGAGUGCACAAGGAGGAGGGCCACCGGCAGCAAGUCGAGGAAUACCUGCAUCGACACAACAUUGACGAGGAAGCGUCGGCGAUGCUCCGCGCCCUGCCUGUGGAUCGCCAGCAGGUGAUCAUCGGCAGCGAUAUGACCAACGCCAACAACAGUUCUGCAGUCCUCAUCUCGCGGAUUCGCGGGAUUGAGGCCAUGCACGUACCGGCUGGACAGCCGCCUCCCCCCUCAGCCGGUUGGCGACCCUCGGCGGGGCGCGGGCCGCCUCGAGCAGCAGCGGGGGCGCCCCUGCCCAGCCCGGCUGAGGACUUCAUUCGCCGGUGGGACCUCGACGACUCUGUGGCGGCACAACUGCGGGCCUUGCCGAUAGCACAGCUCAACGAGGUCAUGACCUGCAAUGUGGCGCAAGCUCGCAACCCUUCCGCCAUGGUGAAGUCCAGGAUACGCUCCGUUACUGCCCGGCCUCCUGCGCCAGAGUUCUCGGUGCACCAGGAUACGGUGGAGGAGUACUUGUCCCGGUAUAAAGUGGAUGAGGCAGCGCAGGCAGAGAUGCGUGCCGCCGCACCGGAAGUCCAAUUGCGGGUCAUGGAGCAGGAGCUGAGCAACUGUCGGAAUCCCUCUGCUGUCCUCUCUUCGAGGAUUCGAGAGAUCUCUCGCGGCAGCAGGUGA